ACUGUUGCUAUGAAGCUAAGUUUGGUCAUCAAACUUUUUGAGUUUCAGUUUUAUUGAUUUUUUAUCAAUCUCUGUUAUUAUUGUUCCCUGAUUUAAUUUACGACUAUGAACUCUGCCGAUUUUCAUACUGUUUUUACACAUUUCGAUGAAAAAAUUGAUCUCAUCAAUGAUUUGAUACCGUUAGUUAAAGUGUGUAAGUUGGAGACUUGUAAUAGUGAGAAUAAUGGAGUUAACGAAAAUUUACCCAAACUUUCUUAUCUCUCUGCUAUUGUUCAGGAGAUGGAAGAGAUGUUAAAUAUUGUGGAUACUGAGUUGGACCGGCAAAAGGGCGAUCUUUUAAACCAGAAGGACUUGAUUAUGAAGAAAUUUGAUUGUAUCCAAGAUCACUGUGAACAUCUGGCUUCAUUCAAAAGAAACAUAAAAACAGCGCGUGAAAUCAAAGAAACAAAUACUCUUCCAAAUCCCAAGGUGCAGUCUCAAUCUAUGAUCCAUCAACCGGUAACCAAAGCAAAUGUUAAAUCAGUAAGAAAAGAGGAUAAUCGAAUCAAAAAACCCUCUGGAAAUGAUACAAACAAGGCCAAACAUCCCGUUGCAACUGAAUACAAGUCCAAUAAAUCUAGAGAUAUUCCGAUAGUUGAACCUAUUAGUAAAUAUGAAUUUGAUGAUAUCCCGCAAUAUAUGAGAGGAAGGAUUACCCAUUCAUCACUGAACCAAGGGCUUGUAUCUUUCAUGGAAACAAUUACCGCUAAGUACCAACUGUUAGCAACGCAUAGCUCUCGUCACAGUGAUGAAGAAAUGAAACGAGCUCAACUCUAUAAAUCUCAAGAAAAUUCUGAAACUUCGGGGCAAUUGUUUUGUACUACCGAUGAUCUUAAGUUAUAUAGUAAUCUCAAAGAAACUAACACCACAAAAAUUGUUUUAACUUGCCUGAGACAUUGUAAGAGAGUCAAAGAAAUCAGAGGUCCUGGCAAAUUGAUACGAUAUGCACUCGUUAAACCUUAGUCAUUUAUACAAGUGUUUUUAUUCGUUUUAUAAUACAUUUCAGCUAUUUAUUCAUCAUUAUUGUAUUUAUUAUUUUCUUCUAACCACAUAAAAGAAAGCUCAAAGCAUUUUAACAAAAUUCAAAA